GCAGCAGUAGUAUCAGUAGCAGCAGUAGUAGCAGUAGUAUCAGUAGCAGGAGGCCUACGCACAGCUCCGCUAGGACCCGGUGUUUCCUGCUGGAUGUCUGAUGAGCCCUGCCCAGUGUAAUCCCACAAGCCAGGGGAGAGGGAGGGAACUAGCAGGCCCAUAAUAAGGUCACGAACCUCUUUGAUAGCUCCUCCCGGCAGUGGAAUGCUGCUGCUGCUCCUCGCACACUGACCCAUGAGCCUGCUCGGGAGCUACCGGAAAAAGCCCAAUAACGAUGGCUAUGAAUCUUUACAGCUGGUGGACUGCAACGGCGAUACGAGUAAGAAGGAGCGGCCGGCGAGCAGCAGGCAAGGAGUGAGCGGGGCAGCGGCAGUGACAGCCCAAUCCGGAGCAUCGGCAGCAGCCGCCCGGAGCCCGGCCAGACAGGCAGACUGCGGCAGCACCAUGGACAGCUCAGGUGCAUCAUCUCCAGAUCUGGAAUCCAACUAUGGGGGUGGGCUCUUGGACAUGGUUAAAGGAGGAGCAGGUCGUAUUUUUAGCAACUUUAAAGAUAACCUUAAGGACACACUGAAGGACACUUCUUCCAAAGUAAUGCAAUCAGUUGCAAGUUACACAAAAGGAGAGCUGGACAUUUCAUAUAUUACCUCAAGGAUUAUUGUGAUGUCAUUCCCGGCUGAAGGAGUGGAAUUGGGUUUCAGAAACCAUAUUGAAGACGUGCGUUCAUUCUUAGAUUCAAGGCAUCUGGAGCAUUACACAGUGUUCAAUUUGUCCCAGAAAUCUUACCGUAGUGCCAAGUUUCACAACAGGGUCUCUGAAUGCAGCUGGCCGGUUAGACAAGCUCCAAGUUUGCAUAAUUUAUUCGCAGUUUGUAAAAACAUGCACAAUUGGUUACAGCAGAACCCCAAAAAUGUUUGUGUCAUUCACUGCAUGGAUGGCCGUGCAGCCUCAGCAGUCUUGGUCAGUGCUAUGUUUUGUUUCUGCCAUCUCUUCUCGAACCCCAUCUCUGCAAUUCAGUUACUAAAUGCUAAACGCCCAGGAAUAGGACUAUGGCCGUCACACAGGAGAUAUAUAGGCUAUAUUUGUGACCUGGUAUCUGACAAGCCUCCACAGCUCCACUGCAAACCUGUUGUUAUCAAAUCUGCCACCAUCAGCCCUGUACCAUGUUUCAACAAGCAGAGGAAUGGCUGCCGGCCAUUUUGUGAAAUUCUUAUUGGAGAAACUAGGAUUUUUAGCACAAUGCAAGACUAUGAAAGAAUGAAGGAAUAUCGUGUUCAGGAAGGCAAGGUUGUGUUCCCAUUGGGUGUAACAGUCUAUGGCGAUAUUGUUGUCUCUGUCUUUCACAUGAGAUCUACAAUUGGUGGAAGACUUCAAGCAAAGAUGACGAAUACACAAAUAUUACAGAUCCAAUUUCAUACUGGAUUUAUUCCUCUUGGAACAACUGAAUUACAAUUUACUAAGCCAGAACUUGAUGCUUGCGACUCCCCAGAAAAAUAUCCUCAGCUGUUUCAUGUGAUGUUGGAAAUAGAAAUUGAAAGUAAGGACAGGCAGGUGGACCUAACACCUCCUUGGGAGAACUUCUUAUCAAAAGAUGUUAAUCCGAGCAUCUUGUUCUCUUCUCAUCAGGAACAGCAAGAUGCACAUGCAAUCGGUGCCAGAGCUCCUGUUGAACAACAUCAGGAUAACAUAAGAAAUGUUGGCCAGGGGGCAUUUUUCUCUUCAUUGAAUUGGCAAGAUCAGAAAUCUGACAAAACAGGUUCACAUCCGGUAUCAGAAGAUCGUGCUGCCUUGGUACAUGAAGAAAGUGAACCAUCUGAUGAUGAAUUGUUGUCCCUCUCCAGCCAGCAUAGUAGCACCAGUGGUGAAAAACAACAUGGUACUCCAAAGCACAAAAAACCUGAGCCACUGGCCCAUCCCAUGCCACCCCAGGAUGCUGACCUUUUGGGUCUGGAUGUAGAGAAAAAUGCUUCUGCUUCCCAGCCAAAAGCACCCCCUACUAAUUCUGAUUUACUAAAUGAUCUUUUUUGUGCUGUGACUCCAGGAGCUAAGCCCGCUGCUGAGGCUCUGUUUCAGUCAGGACCAAUCGGCUCUGCAAAUUCAACUCCAAGACGAUCUACAGCCUCUCCAUCCCAGUCUCCAAAAAUAGGAGGAGAAGCUGCUGCCUUUGAUCCUUUUGGAUCUAGUCCUAAGCAGCCAUCUCAGGACUUACUUGGUUCCUUCCUAAGUACUUCAAAUGCCACAGGUAGUGAUGCUUUUCUACACACUACAAGAAGUCCAUCACCAACAGUUCAUCUUGAUCCAUUCAACAUGACUCCAUCAUUGUCUAUCCAGCCUGAUGCAUCUGCACCUUGGGAUUGGAAUACUACAUCACAAGGUGGUUUGAAUGUAGGAAGUCGAUCAGCAGCUACAAGCCCCACUGCAUCUCCACACGGUACCCCUCUCCAUCAACCCAAACCACAAAGCCUUGAUCCAUUUGCUGACCUUGGGGCACUGGGUGCAAAUCUAGCCGGCGGGUCAUCCUUUGCCUGUAAACCAACUACGCCAACUGGUUGUAGUGGAGGUUUUCCACCAUCACCACAGCAUACAGGAGGGGGGACCUGGCAGUCUGGUACUGGAUAUUCUUGGCAACAGGCACAGUCCAAACAACAACAAAAUAUUCCCCACUCUUCCCCACAAAGCAGACCCAAUUAUAAUAUUCGUUUUACAGGCAGUGGCCAGAAUGGAGGAAAAAAUGCAUCUAACGUUGACCCAAAACAGAAGGUCUGCUCUGACAAUUUUGAAGACUUGUUGUCUGGUCAAGGUUUUAAUGCACAUAAAGAUAGAAAAGGGCCAAGGACAAUAGCAGAAAUGAGGAAAGAGGAAAUGUCUAAGGAAAUGGACCCAGAGAAAUUAAAGAUUUUAGAUUGGAUUGAAGGGAAAGAAAGAAAUAUCCGAGCAUUGCUCUCUACGAUGCACACAGUUCUAUGGGCAGGAGAAACUAAAUGGAAACCUAUUAGUAUGGCUGACCUGGUAACUCCAGAACAAGUUAAAAAGGUGUAUCGUAAAGCUGUGCUAGUGGUCCAUCCAGAUAAAGCAACUGGGCAGCCAUAUGAGCAAUAUGCAAAAAUGAUCUUUAUGGAGCUAAAUGAUGCCUGGUCAGAAUUUGAAAAUCAAGGCCAGAAACCACUUUAUUAGUCUUCUACAUACUCCUGGUCUUCUGCAGAUCCAGUUUCACACCGUCAUCACCCAUACCAUGCUUGGUAUAUAUUUGGUUUAUUCUACAUUUGAAUACAGUCAGAGGAAAGUGACUUCAUAUUUCUUUUGGAUCCUCAAAAUUCCUUAAUUGCUCAACACACAAAAAUCCAUUGUGCUUUUUCUUCCUCUUUGUUUGUGUUAUUUUUUUUUUUUUUGGAAAGACUUUGAACAAAGGUUUUACCAGAGGUGGCUGAAUGGAACCCCCAGGCUUAAUUAUUCCAAGUAUAUUUAACAGCUUCUGUCUAUAGAUGAGAAUGGGACCAGCACAUCUAUGAGCUCUGUGGGCUGCUAGUAAGCUGCAAUAUUAUUGGUUGUAGCAAAUACCCAAAUGGCCAUUAAAAUAUUAAUCAGUAGGACCUUUUGGCAUUGAAAAUGUGAAUAUACAAAGUAUGGUGAAAUACUGCAUGACACAAUUAAACCAGCCUUGAUUAUUACAUUCAGAACUAAUACAGUAAAAAACUGUAUUUUUUAUGGAGCUGCUUUUAAUUUUGGGUUUACUUUGGAAAACAGGAUUCAAGGGCAUUUACAAAGGUUUUUUUUUUUUGUUUGUGAAGGCUUGUGUUUUUGUGUCUUAUUUGAUGGUUGGAAACAUAUAUCACAUUAGGAGACAACAGAAUAUCUACAGGGAUGCUUCUUUGUUUUCACCCCUAAAGGAUUUUUAUUUUUGUACAACGCUUGGCAGCCAAGCUUCCAUGCAUUAUGUAUGGAGGAGUAUCCCAAAAAUACAAUGCACUCUUGUUGGCUGUCUUGGCAGUGAGGAUAUCAGAAAGGGGAAAAACAAAGACAUUCCAUGAGUAGAACCCCGUCAGGUAAGGUGUAAGGUUUACAUUAUAAGCAAGUCUGACAUUUUUCCCGAGACUGCUAAUGUCAUCUAAUCAUAUAUUCCUGUACAUGCACGUUCAGGAAUAGUGAAUCCUUUCCAUACAUAUCUUAGAACGUAUUUGAGGGUGGUUGAUGCACCAUAACAUACCCAAACAUAUACAAUUAUUCAACACUACACCCAGGUUUCUCAUCUCAUUAUGGAAAGUUAGACAUUGUAUAUAAUGACAUUAUAACUUUUUUGUGAGAUAGGUUUCACAUUAGUGAUUUUCAGUUGAUUUGUGUUUUCAUUUCUAAGCUGCUAUUUUCUUGAUUGCUUUUAAUGUUUUAUCUUGUCAUGUGCACGAUACAAUGUUUUUUAUAUUUAUUUUGAACCAAUAGGUAUGGGACCUCUAUAUUUAUUUACACUACAGGCUGUACUCAUAACCAUUAUUUCCCUGCAGCAGGACUAGGGUUAUGCUUACGGCAUACAGGACUAUUUUUAUCUUUUUAUUUUUGCAACCCCAGGAAUUGCCUCUAAGGGUAAGGGAACACGGAGUCCUUCUUAAAAAGAGCAAUCUAACCACCACUCUCUGCCAACAGAGAUUUCCCAUUUACUUGGAAGGUAAAUGUGUUUCCUACUUUCCUUUAAGCACAAAGGUCAGCUAUAGGCAGCACAUAUCCUAUCCAAGUGAAUCAGAAAUAGAUGCCGGCAGGGAAGGGAUUUAAAUCGAUGUG